CCAUGCAUGGUUAUUUGAUCAUAAAUCAUUUACAAUUCCUAAUUACUAUUACUAUUCACGUAAAAAAUCACACACAUCAAACGAAGCCAUGGUGAAGAAGUCAAACUGCAUGGCCGCCGGAGCUCUGAUGGUGGUGGCGGCGGUGGUGAUGUUGUCGCUGCAGCAAGCCGAUGCGGCGCCAGAGUCGUUCUCGUGCAGUGGCUCCACGCUGUGCAGGGGGCUGGCCCAGAGUGACUGCGACGCGGCUCGCCGUCAGAUCCAGGCCGACAACCGCUACUUCACCGGCGGCAACAAGGGGUCCACCGGGGUUUGCUCCGGCCACUGCGGGCUCUUCGUCUCCGGCUCCAACUGCGACCUCUUCGGCCACGAGAUGAUCACCGCCUUUGACCAGCUCCGCGGUCAAAACUGCCAAAAGUGUGGGGUCAAGACUUUCGACGAUGGGUGCCAGUUCAAAGCAGAUUAUGUCAAUGGUUGCUGAUUCCAUGCAUGGAGUCGUUAUUCUCUAGCUAGCUAUUUCAUCCCUUAGCUUUUUCCUACUUAUGACAAAAUAAAAGCUAGCUAGAAAAUUUUACAAAAUAAUGAAAUAUGUAUUGAAUAAUAAUACGCACAUACGUACGGCCGGUUUUCAUCCGUGGUAAUGAAUACCAUGGUACGCAUGCGCGUCGUGUUAUACCGUUUGUUUUACCGAGUAUCUGCUUUACUCUGUUGUGUUAUUGUAAGAUUUUAAUGAGUGUAUUGUUGUGGGUCUUGUUUGAGAACAACGUUUUUGAUUAUCGUUA